AUGUCUCCGGCGAUUCGCGCGCCUUCCGCACGCCCUCGUCGCCCGCAAUUUGUCGGCUCGUUCCGCUCUUUCCGGCUUCUGUAUUUCCUCCUCAUUGUGUAUCUUGCUCUCAAGUCUCUCUGCCUCCAACGCUGCUCCUCCCCCUCUUUCUCCCCAGAAUCGCCUUGUUCCUUAACACCCCCCACCCUUUCCCCUCCUCCCCCCCCCUUCCCCUCAGCCGCCCCCAUCCAGGGCGCCUGCGUGCGGUUUUCCCUGGCGGACAUGUUAACCGCGACGAACCGCUGGGCACCGCAGUUGCUGGUGGGCGACGGGUACCGCCUCAUGUUCAGGGGCGUGGACCCGCGCGACGGCGCCACCCCGUGGCUCCUCAAGCGCUGCCGCGCGCGCGAGUUCGACGAGUUCCACGCGGAGGCGAAGGAGGAAAGUACACGUGUGAAGAACUGCUUCCUCCCCUCGUCUUACCCUCUCCCUCCCAUCCCACCCGUCCCCCACCCUUCCUUCUCCGCCCUCCACCCUUCCUUCUCCGCCCUCCACCCCCUGGCGUGCCUUCCCCGCCCCCUCCCCCUGGCGUGCCUUCCCCUCCCCCCUCCCCCCUCCCCCCUCCCCCCUCCCCCCUCCCCCCUCCCCCUGGCGUGCCUUCCCCGCCCCCUCCCCCUGGCGUGCCUCCCCCCCCCCCCCUCCCCCUGGCGUGCCUCCUCCCCCCCCCCCCCGCCCCCUGGCGUGCCUUCCCCGCCCCCUCCCCCUGGCGUGCGCGCCAUCAAGGGGCAAGCAGGUGACGGAGAUGGGCAACAAGAACCACCCCAACCUGGUGCGCCUGCUGGGGCGAAGAUUGCAGGGUUUGACUAUGUGACGCGCGGGGCUGCAGGGGGUGGCGAGCAUGCAGUGGUGGGCGUGCGUGGGUACGUGGAUCCGCAGCUGCUGCUCUCCCAGGAGCACACACCCACUAAUGACCUCUACAGUCUGGUGCGCCUGGCUCGUGUGGGACUCGCAUGCACAGCCAUGCCUUCUUCCACCCGGCCCUCCCUGGGAAGAGUUAUUGCUGAGCUGGAGAUUGUGCGGGAUGACGUGGCAACAGCAUUGAGGCAGAUGGAGAAAGAGGUGGAGAGGCAAGAAGGGGAAUUACAGGGAGAGGGGGGUGCAGUGGCAGGCCAUAGUGGAAAUGAGCAUUUGGACUCUUGGGCCAAUCCUUCCCACGCUGACCCUCUCUCCACAUCUCCUAAUCCUUCCACUCCCCCUUCGCAGCUUCCUCCUUCUCCUCCUCCUGUGGCCGCCCCCUCCUCCUCGUCCGCCCUCCCUCUGGCGCCGCUGCUGUGCCAGCAGGUGGGCAUGGCGGACGUGCUGCGUGCCACGGCGGGAUGGGCGGCAGAGAGGCGCAUUGGCAGCGGCGGGUUUGGCGACGUGUAUCGCGGGGUGAGCCCUUUUGACGGGUGCACGCCCUGGGCUGUGAAGCGCGCCCGAGUGCUCACCAACGACUUCCGCCGCGAGAUCAACGAGAUGGCAUCGAAGCACCAUCCGAACCUGGUGCGGCUGUUGGGGUUCUGCAUGGACUAUGACGCUGCAUCGGAGCGCAUGGAGCAGAUCGCCAUCUAUGAGUUCAUGCCUAAUGGGGACCUCUACCACCACAUGCACGCCCAUGACACAGGUAUUAGCAACCCCCUGACCCUGCAGCAGCGGCUGGACAUUCUGAUAGGAGUGGCGCGCGCGCUGGAGUAUCUGCACAGCUUUGGCAUCGUGCAUCGCGACAUCAAGCCCGCUAACAUCCUGCUGGACGCCCACAUGCAGGCGAAAGUGUCAGACUUUGGUUUGCUGAGAAUGGGUGAGGGCAGUGGUUCACUGCAAUCCACACGAGUGAUGGGCACACCGGGCUAUGUGGACCCCGUCUAUUCACUCACUCACAUGGCCACUCCAAGUGCUGACGUGUACAGCUUUGGAGUGGUCAUGAUGGAGCUACUGACCUGCAAGCAUGUUGUGCUGCUUUGUGAAGAUGGGUCACAAAUCAACAUCAAGGACUGGGUGGAGCAGGAGGUGGCGAGAGGGGACAGUGCAUCUGUUGUCAAUGGGGAUCUCAAUGCACCACAUGCCAUGGCCUCCAAUCUAGCCUCCUCACAUGGCCCUCAGCUUCCCUUAGGUCAAGCGGCUCCAGUGCACGUUUUUUUACAAGAGCUCGGCAGGCUGUGA